GCGCCGGCGCCGGCGUCGGCGGCGUCAGUCUCGAUCUGCGAAUGUCGCGACGCGCAUGCUUGUAGUGAUGUGAGUGCAGUGUGUGGUGUAUCUGUGAUAUUGCAUUAGGAUUUACAAUAUGAAGUGUGUUUUAUUGAUAAGUGCUUGUUCUCUACUAACUGUCACGGCUUCUAUAACAUAUGAUGAAUACAACGUGUUGCAGCAAACAAUAUUUGCGAGUUAUCCAAAGAGCGAUGAUCCAGGAGACCUCACUAAACCGCCCUACAAAAUAGAUGAACCAGUCUCAGUGGACAUUUCAAAGCUUUCCCUAGCUAAUAAAACACUAUCUUACCCAUUGAUGCUACACGCAGUAUUCAAGCUAGAUAAAUACAGAACUACGAAUUUUUUCUCUAUAACGGAUAAAACUGGAUAUAUCAAAAAGUUAAUGUUGACUCUAAAGGCGAAUCCUGGAUACUUGAAUGAGUUCAUAUUGAAAAGUGACAGUUUCUCGACGAGCGUUAGUUUUAGAGAAAAAUUGAAUUUAAUACACAAGUGGACAAAUGUUUCAUUCUACAUACAACAUGACAAAGUCUCCUUUUGGCUAGAUUGUGAAAGGAGAGAGCCAGAUUUCGAAGAAAGUGAUUCUGUGUUUCGUGACAUUGAUUUGAAUGGCGAUUAUCAAGUACACUUGAGUGACGCGGUUCAUCCUUUUCACGGUGAAUUUCAAGAUAUCAAAAUAUUCGUCGGCGCUGAAGAGAGUAUUAUUGAUAAUAUAUGUAAAACUGAUUUUAGGCUACCCGGCAGUGCUGGUAAACCGGCUGGGGACUUUGGUGUAAGUGGGCCAAUAGCAGCAAGUCUUACCGCUGAAAGGCCCUUUACGGAGAGAGGUGACGGAAUCGGUGGAGAUGAUGAAGAUUUCGAAGGCGAAUUUGUACCGGGAUCAUCGGGAGAAGUUGGUAAAUGUGAAUGUUCUGAGUCGACCAUAUCAAGCUUGCUUGCGUCCAUGCCUGAGAUGAGAGGACCGCCAGGAAGUCCCGGGCCACAGGGUGACCAAGGCGAAACUGGAUUAGCUGGCCCGAGGGGUGCACCAGGUGAACCUGGACCGAGAGGGCACACGGGACACGAAGGACCAAAAGGAGAAGACGGCAGUCCAGGAAGGCAAGGAUCUCCAGGGCACGAUGGUGAACCAGGCAGGAGGGGAGAACCGGGGCCAGUCGGACCACCAGGGCCGCAGGGACCCCCUGGAGAAUGUACUGUGGUGAAGGGAACAGAAGAGAAAAAAGAAGUAGCCGUACCAGGUGAAAGAGGACCACCUGGACCAAUUGGUCCCCCUGGUCCUAGAGGACCGGAAGGGGAAAGGGGUGUCAAAGGAGAAACUGGAACCAAAGGAGACAAAGGUGAUGAGGGAACAAAAGGUGAAAGGGGAGAACGCGGUGAAGACGGAAGAGACGGGGUUCCAGGCGCACCUGGAAGCGACGGACUGCCCGGUCAUAAAGGACAAAAAGGCGAUACUGGCCUCAUCGGCCCGCCCGGCCUGGCGGGCAUGCCAGCUAAAUUAACAUCAUUGUUAUCAGAAGAAAUGGAUCCUAAAGAGAAGGCUGAAAUCGCUGAUUUAUUAAGAGGACCAAAGGGGGAGAAAGGGGAUUAUGGUGCCAAGGGUGACAGAGGAGACGACGGGAUAAAUGGCCUACCGGGAAACGACGGUAAAGAUGGGCGAGAUGGAGCACCGGGAGAACAAGGGCCGCUUGGACCAAAAGGGGAUCUUGGACCACCUGGAUCAAGAGGACAUAAAGGGGAACGUGGGGAACCUGGUCCUCCUGGAAAUGCUCCUGCUGCUGCUAUUACAAUAACAAAGGGUGAGAAAGGAUCGCAUGGCCAUCCCGGAAAGGUGGGCCCAAAAGGAGACCCUGGACCUAAAGGCGAACAAGGUACGCCAGGGCAAAAUGGAACUAAAGGAGACAAGGGAAACACUGGACCUCCGGGCCCAAUGGGACACAAAGGCGUUGAGGGUAUAAAAGGGUCGUCGGGAGAAAAAGGAGAGAAAGGGGAAAGAGCACAGCCCAUUGACUUGGCAUUGUUGAAAGGUGAAAAAGGUGAACGAGGUGCUAUUGGGACCAUAGGACCAAUUGGCCCACCUGGGCCACCAGGUUCAACUUCCAAUCACUCGGCUGUACCUGGACCUGUCGGACCUUCUGGGCCGCCUGGGCCUUCUGGACCUGUUGGACCUUCCGGACUUUCCGGACCUCCUGGACCUCCCGGUCCUCCUGGUUCUCCCGGUGUACCUGGAUUACCAGGGUCUCCUGGGCUGACUAUCACUGGACCAUUAGGUGGACCAACGGACGCGAUAAACUCUAUUUAUUAUGACAUUGGAGAAGAUGAUUUCUACACAGCCUCGACAGUUGUCUACAAAAGCCGGACAGCAUUAAUAAAAAGAACAGAAAACACGCCACUGGGAACGUUGGCCUUUAUCUUACAAGAGGAAAUUCUUCUUUUACGCGUCCAAAAUGGGUGGCAAUAUGUCCGGAUGGGUUCCUUAUGGAACGUGGAGUCUUCAUCAACGACCACCCGACCGCCGUGGCAGGACCCUGCACCAGUAACCACCCGGUCUCCAAGAGCAAACAACGUUAUCGCGAGUACCGACAGACCCAAGCCGAAACCAAGACCUCCCAGGCGGUUGAGGACAAAUUAUAUUCGUCUAAUAGCGCUAAACAGCCCAUACACGGGCAGAAUGUUAAGUGAGACGAACUCAAGUUUUAGUUUCUAUGCAAUAGCAAAUGACUGCAGACGGCAGGCUUUAAGACACAAUAUUAGCGGUCACUUUGAGCCUCUACUCGAUUUUAGGGAUGGUGGCUUAGAAAAUCUUGUAGAUAAGAAAUACCAUGAACUACCGGUAGGGAACUUGUUUGGGGACAUGCUUUUCGACAAGUGGAAAAACGUGUUCGAUGACCGGGGUCACAUUCCGCCGACUGCAAACAUCUUCGGGUUCAAUGGGAAGAGUAUAUUUAUUGACAGAAAUUGGCCUGAUCAUAAACUAUGGCAUGGAUCUAACACACUUGGAGUGGAGCAGAAGGCGAACUGCCAAGACUGGAUGAGUGAGAGCCCCAAACAUUUUGGGACUGCGUCAACGCUUGCCAAAAACAGGCUGCUGGAGAGAGAAUUGUAUCCGUGCAGCAGCAAAUUUAUCGUAUUGUGUGUAGAAGUAACACCUAAUUUGCCCAGAAGACAAAGGCAUACAUCAGCAAGAAGACGAAGAAGAUUAACGUGACUAUUUUAAUAUAAGUGCUUUGUCAAAUUUGUAUGACUUUGUUAUUUAAACCAGAUGUGGUUAAUUUUAUUACUGAAUCGAAUUAAGCAUAAAAAUCAAAUGAAAAUUUGAUUUGUAAUUUCUUGUAUGUAUAGUGCGUGGGCUCCCAAAAAGGCCUUCGGGUCGUCAGUGUCCAUUUUACCAGAAAACCGAAGGCUUUCAAUAUCACGGGCUGUAAUACCAGGCAAUGUUCCUUGUUCAACUUAUGCCUAAAAUAAACUGUGAGUGUGUGAGUAUUCUAAGAUUUAUAUAAAAUCAUGUAUAUAUAAGUAGUUUUCAAGUUUGACCAGUGAUUACUCAGAGAUUACAUCUGAACGUCUGCCAAGUUACACCAGUUUGACAGGACUGGCUUCCCUCGAAGUUCAAACUUGGCCUUAUGUGUUAAUAUUUAGGGUAAAUAUUGUAGACACAAAAGGCUAGUGUGUUGUACAAAGUACUUAGUAUUUCUUUUUCUAUAAUUAGUUAAUAUUAAGAAUGAUCAUUGAUAGUCGUUUUUUUAUUAGUUUAGUUAAUUUUAUAUGCAGUAAACUUUGAUUUUACUACUUAAUUUACUGUAUCCAGUAGAUAAAUACAUUCAGCAUCAAAAGUAGCAAAUUUAACGAGAUACCAAAAGUAUCGGCCAUCCUGAAUAACCAAUUUUUGUAAGUAUAAAUUAUUCUGUUCAAUUCGCGGUCAAAAAUGCUAAAAUAUAAUUAUUAUUUUCUGUAUAGACAAAGAUCCCUUUUUAUUCAGCGGUUAUAGAAU